AUGAAGUUCACAAUGGUCUUCGUCAGCCUGCUCGGGCUCCUCAUGGCACCUGGAUUUGCUUACAAUAUCAACGUCAACGAUAAUGGCAACGUAGCCGGAAGUGGUCAGCAGUCAGUGAGCAUCAACAACCAGCACAAUGUGGCCAAUGUCGACAACAAUAACGGCUGGGACUCGUGGAAUUCCAUCUGGGACUAUGACAGUAGUUUUGCUGCAACCAGACUCUUUGCCAAGAAAUCAUGUAUUGUGCACAAAAUGAACAAGGACGUCAUGCCCUCCCUUCAAGACCUCGAAGCACUGGUCAAGGAGCAAAAGGUAAAGGGUAAAAGGCCUGAAGGAGCAUCUCCCAAGGAAUUGAUGUUCUCUAUCAACCCUACCAGAGUGGAGGACCUGAGUACAUUUGGGACAAAGAUUGCCGGCAUGUGCCGGGGCAUCCCAACCUAUGUAGCUGAGGAGAUUCCAGGACCAAGCCAGCCUUUCUACUCACGGAAGUGCUACAAUGCUAGCAUACUCUGGAUUAUACAGCUAUCCUUCUGUGGAACAUCAGAGGAAACAUAUUAG